AUGGCGUCCAGGCCAGCUCCCUGCUGUGGCCUGGCCCCUCGCUGCCUCUGGCUCCUGGGCCUUGUCCUGCUGAUGGACACAUCCGCCCGGCCUGCCAACCACUCGUCUGCCCGGGACAGAGGCGGCCGCAGGGAGGACAAUGAGAUCCUGCCCCCUGACCACCUGAACGGGGUGAAGCUGGAGAUGGACGGGCACCUCAACAAGGACUUCCACCAGGAGGUCUUCCUGGGGAAGGACACGGACGGGUUCGAGGAGGACGCGGAGCCUCGGAAGAGCAGGAAGAAGCUGAUGGUCAUCUUCUCCAAGGUGGACGUGAACGGCGACAGGAGGAUCAGCGCCAAGGAGAUGCAGCGCUGGAUCGUGGAGAAGACGGCCGAGCACUUCCAGGAGGCCGUGGAGGAGAGCAAGGCGCACUUCCACGCGGUGGACCCGGACGGCGACGGCCGCGUGUCCUGGGAGGAGUACAAGGUGAAGUUCUUGGUGAGCAAAGGCCACAGCGAGCGGGAAGUCACUGAGAAGAUAAAGAACAACCAGGAGCUGAAGGUUGACGAGGAGACGCAGGAAGUCCUGGAGAACCUCAAAGACCGCUGGUACCAGGCGGACAACCCCCCGCCGGACCGGCUGCUCUCCGAGGACGAGUUCCUGUCCUUCCUGCACCCCGAGCACAGCCGGGGCAUGCUCCGGUUCAUGGUCCAGGAGAUCGUGCGCGACCUGGACCAGGACGGCGACAAGCAGCUCUCGCUGCCCGAGUUCAUCUCCCUGCCCGUGGGCACCGUGGAGAACCAGCACGGCCAGGACAUGGACGACAGCUGGGUGCGGGACCGGCGGAAGGAGUUUGAGGAGCUGAUCGACUCCAACCACGACGGCAUCGUGACCAUGGCCGAGCUGGAGGAGUACAUGGACCCCAUGAACGAGUACAACGCCCUCAACGAGGCCAAGCAGAUGAUCGCCAUCGCGGACGAGAACCAGAACCAGCACCUGGAGCCGGAGGAGGUGCUCAAGUACAGCGAGUUCUUCACGGGCAGCAAGCUGGUGGACUACGCCCGCAGCGUGCACGAGGAGUUCUGA